GGGAGGAGGGGGUUCCUUUCUGCGGGUGGGGCUCGGAGCCCGCCGACUCCGCGGCCGAGGCUCUGCUGAUUGCUGUAGAGGGCCGUCCGGCUGCCCGGCACAUCGGCCGCUCGACGGCCCGACCCAGAGGCGGCGGGAAACCUAGUGGACACCUCGAGCGGCAGCGCGCCGCCUCCCCCCAGUGGGAGCGGUGGUUGGGCCCGGCUGCAGCGGAGCUUUCGCUCGGAGAUGGCGGAGCCGCAGCGACGCGGCCCGAGGCCCCGAAAUCAGGGAAGCGGGGCAGCCCCGGGACGCGGCGGAGCCCGGGGUCAGCGGGGACGCCGCCCAGUCCGCCGGGUAUGAAGGAACUUUCUGUUUUUGGAGAACAAAUCAUCCUGUGAGCGGAAGAUAGGAAGCAUAGAGAUUGUGAACUUUGUUGACCUCUUAUGUGAGGAGCUCAAACAGGACCAAGGGUGGAGCCUGACUGGAUUUGCAUCCUGAAGCUAUGGGCCAGGGGGCCAUGGUGACCUGAUAAAAAUGGACUCUGUCCAGUUGCCCUCUGUUGCCCUUUCUACCUCCCCUACCCUACUCUAAGGGAAUUUGUCUCAGCCUCUUUGGGGAAUUGAUCCUAAGGGAAUCCCUUUCCCCUAUUUUCCUAUCCUUCUACCUUCCCAAGAGAGCCCUAGCCUAUAGAACUCCUACCUCCCAUCCCUUGAGGUAGUCCCCAUCCCUGCCUCCCCUCCCCCGCCAUGCUCAAGCUGUGGAAGGUGGUACGCCCAGCUCGGCAGCUGGAACUGCAUCGCCUCAUACUGUUGCUAAUUGCUUUCAGUUUGGGCUCCAUGGGCUUCCUGGCUUACUACGUAUCCACCAGCCCCAAGGCCAAGGAACCCUUGCCCUUACCCCUGGGAGACUGCAGCAGUAGCGGGGCAGCUGGCCCUGGCCCUGUACAGCCUCCGGUCCCACCUCGGCCUCCCAGACCUCCAGAGACAGCUCGAACCGAACCUGUGAUCCUUGUGUUUGUGGAGAGUGCAUACUCACAGCUGGGGCAGGAGAUUGUGGCCAUCUUGGAGUCCAGUCGUUUUCGUUAUAGCACUGAGCUGGCACCUGGCCGAGGGGACAUGCCCACGCUGACUGAUCAUACCCGUGGCCGCUAUGUCUUGGUCAUUUAUGAGAACCUGCUCAAGUAUGUCAACCUGGAUGCCUGGAGUCGGGAACUGUUAGACCGUUACUGUGUGGAGUAUGGUGUGGGCAUCAUUGGCUUUUUCCGAGCCCAUGAGCAUAGCCUACUGAGUGCCCAGCUCAAGGGCUUUCCCCUUUUUCUUUAUUCAAACCUGGGGCUCCGGGACUACCAAGUGAAUCCUUCUGCCCCCCUACUGCAUCUCACACGCCCUAGCCGCCUAGAGCCUGGGCCAUUGCCUGGUGAUGACUGGACCAUUUUUCAAUCCAAUCAUAGCACAUAUGAACCAGUGCUUCUUGCCAGCCUUCAGUCAGCUGAGCUCCCUGUGCCAGGACCAGUGCCUCGCCGGGCACGGCUUCCCACUGUGGUACAGGACCUGGGGCUUCAUGAUGGCAUCCAGCGGGUGCUCUUUGGCCACGGCCUUUCCUUCUGGCUCCACAAACUUAUUUUUGUUGAUGCCGUUGCGUACCUCACUGGCAAGCGCCUUUGCCUGGACUUUGAACGCUACAUCUUGGUAGACAUUGAUGACAUCUUUGUGGGCAAGGAAGGUACCCGCAUGAAGGUGGCUGAUGUUGAGGCUCUGUUGACCACCCAGAACAAACUCAGGACCUUAGUCCCCAACUUCACCUUCAACUUGGGCUUCUCGGGCAAGUUCUAUCAUACUGGGACAGAGGAGGAGGAUGCAGGGGACGACAUGCUGCUGAAGCACCGUGAAGAGUUCUGGUGGUUCCCACACAUGUGGAGCCACAUGCAGCCACACCUGUUCCACAAUCGCUCCGUGCUGGCUGACCAAAUGAGGCUCAACAAACAGUUUGCUUUGGAGCAUGGGAUUCCCACGGAUCUGGGGUAUGCUGUGGCUCCCCACCAUUCGGGCGUGUACCCCGUCCAUACGCAGCUCUACGAAGCCUGGAAAUCUGUGUGGGGCAUCCAGGUGACCAGCACUGAGGAGUAUCCCCAUCUCCGCCCUGCCCGCUACCGCCGUGGCUUCAUUCACAAUGGUAUUAUGGUGCUGCCACGGCAGACAUGUGGUCUCUUCACUCACACAAUCUUCUAUAAUGAGUAUCCUGGAGGCUCUCAUGAACUAGAUCGGAGCAUCCGAGGUGGAGAGCUCUUCCUGACAGUGCUGCUUAAUCCAAUCAGCAUAUUUAUGACCCAUCUGUCCAACUAUGGAAAUGAUCGACUGGGUCUGUACACCUUUGAGAGCCUGGUGCGCUUCCUCCAGUGCUGGACACGGCUGCACCUACAGACCCUUCCUCCUGUCCCUCUUGCACAAAAGUACUUUGAACUCUUCCCUCAAGAGCGAAGUCCCCUUUGGCAGAAUCCCUGUGAUGAUAAGAGGCACAAAGAUAUCUGGUCCAAGGAGAAAACCUGUGAUCGACUCCCCAAGUUCCUCAUUGUAGGACCCCAAAAGACAGGGACCACAGCUAUUCACUUCUUCCUGAGCCUGCACCCAGCUGUGACCAGCAGCUUCCCUAGCCCGAGCACCUUUGAGGAAAUUCAGUUCUUCAAUGGCCCUAAUUACCACAAGGGCAUUGACUGGUACAUGGAUUUUUUCCCUGUCCCUUCCAAUGCUAGCACUGACUUUCUAUUUGAAAAAAGUGCCACCUACUUUGACUCAGAAGUUGUACCACGGCGGGGUGUUGCCCUCUUACCACGAGCCAAGAUCAUCACUGUGCUCACCAACCCUGCUGACAGGGCCUACUCUUGGUACCAGCACCAGCGAGCACAUGGAGACCCAGCUGCUCUGAACUACACCUUCUACCAAGUGAUUUCAGCCUCUUCCCAGGCCCCUCUGGCACUUCGUUCCUUGCAAAACCGCUGUCUUGUCCCUGGCUACUAUUCUACCCAUCUGCAACGCUGGCUGACUUACUACCCCUCUGGACAGUUGCUGAUUAUGGAUGGGGAAGAGCUCCGUACCAACCCAGCUGCUUCAAUGGAGAGCAUCCAGAAGUUCCUGGGUAUCACACCCUUUCUGAACUACACACGGACCCUCAGGUUUGAUGAAGGUAAGGGAUUCUGGUGCCAGGGACUUGGAGGUGGUAAGACUCGCUGUCUAGGCAAGAGCAAAGGUCGGAGGUACCCAGAUAUGGACACCGAGUCCCGCCUUUUCCUUAUGGAUUUUUUCCGGAACCACAACUUGGAGCUGUCAGAGCUCCUGAGCCGGCUUGGACAGCCAAUGCCCUCAUGGCUUCGGGAAGAACUGCAGCAUUCCAGUCUGGGAUGAUGUCCCAGCCUCCAUACCAGCAAAAAAAAAAAAAGAGCCCAUUUCCCUAGGGGGCAAGCCCAGAGCAGAGCCCACAAGGGGAAUUUGAGUGGCCUGGCCCCUCCCCCUUCUACCUCAGUGGCCCCCAGGCUUGGAAUGGCUGAGAAGGGAAAGUCCUCUUUCCCAUUGCUCUGAGGUCUGAUAAAGGGGCUUCCUUUCACACCCCACAUUAUGGUACUAGCCACCUUUGACUCAUGGUCUUGGAAGGUGGGGAGGAAUUAGAGGCAGGGUCUAGAGGAACAUAUUAAUCAAAUAAUUUACCUCUUCAUCCCCAGAGUGUAGCUGUAUCUGGCUGUGGGAGGGACCCCUUACUGUGGGAAUAAUGGGAUCUACCUGUGGCCCGGCCUCCCUAAUGUCAUUCACAUUGAAUGCGGACGAGGCCUAACAGUGGCUCAUAGAGCUGAGUAUGAGCCCUAGCUAUGGGCUAGAAAUGUCCUUAAUAAACAUCCUUAUUUUUC